AUGGAAGGCCAGCCAGGACUGACAUGUCAGGCAGACAGCCCGGCAUUGGAGAGGCCCGCCGAGAGUCGCAGAUGUCAGGCCAGAUCCAGCAGCAUGGAGAGGCCCAGCCAGACUGACAGUUCAGGCCAGACAGCGCAUGGGGGCCCAGCCAGACUGAUGUCAGGCCAGAGCAGCAGCAGGAGAGGCCCAGCCAUGACUUGCAGGCACGAGCCAGGAGCAGCGGCAUGGAGGCCCAGCCAGCGACUGAGUUAUGCUCCUGAUAACAUCCAGAAGAUCCUCAUAGGGAACAAGUCAGACGAGGAGGAGAAGAGGCAGGUCGCUACAGAACAGGGCAACAAGCUGGCCAAGGAUUAUGGGAUGGACUUCUUUGAGACAAGUGCCUUCACCAACCAUAACAUAACAGAGUCCUUCACGCGAUUGGCUGAGCAGGUCCUGUCGGCCAAUAAGAAGGACCUGGACCUCCUGAGGGCGUCGGUCACAGAUGAGCUCAACCUUGCCGCCCUGGAGGAGGAGGAGGGCAUCACAGACGGGCCCGCCGCCUCACAGAAGGGCUGCUGGUGUUAAGGGCCUGGUCAAAAGUAGUACACUAUGUAGAGAAUAGGGUGAGAAAAGUAGGGAACUAUAUAGGGAAUAGGGUGCCACUUCUCCUUAUGUAAGGACUGGGUCUGUCUGCGUCUUGAAUCACACCCUAUUCCUUAUGCGAGCUCUGCUUGAAAGUAGUGCACUUUGUAGGGAAUAGAGUAACAAAAGUGGUGCCCUAUGUAGGGAAUAGGGUUGGGGGGGUGACACUUCUCGUAGCUGAUUGCCUUUCUACCAUUCUAGGUGCUGUACUGGUGUUUGAUGGGUUUUUACCAAUGAUGUAUGUAAACCCUGGAUUGCUGAUGCUAUGUAUUGGCCAAUGAGAUGCUUUGAUGUCACCGGUCGGCCAUAUUGGCACUC